AUGACGUUUUCCGUCAACACGUUUUGGGACGGUUUCCGUCGCGCAGGUAGCUUUCUGGCGGCGGCGGCGAAGGCCGAAGAGGAGGAACGAAACGGAAACGUUAAGGCAGCCAAGGCAGUGUAUGAGCAGCUGGCGGGAGAUGCCGCCACUCGCUGCCCUCUUGCUCACAUUCAGCUGAUGCGCUUCCUGCGCCGCACAGAGGGCAUGGAGGCGGCAAGAAAGGCGUUUCUGGCAGCAAGGAAGGCACGGGAGUGCUCGUUCCAUGUGUACGUGGCUUCGGCUUACAUGGAGCUGUGCCAUAACAAGGAGAGCAAGGUGGCGAGGAACGUGUUUCAGCUGGGCAUGAAGAAGUUUGGGUCUGAACCUGGCUUUGUGCGCGAGUUUGCUCGCUUCUUGAGUCGUCUCAACGACGGUCAGGCCAUGCGGGAGUUGCUGCAAGGCGCUCUGACGUCCCCGUCCCUCCCACCGCACUCUGCACUCAUGCUGUGGGAGGAGCUCGUUGAGUGCGAGCAGCUCUUUGGGGACCUCACCUCACUUAUCAAGGCACAGGAGGGUCGGCGAAAAGCUCUAGCUUCGGUGGCAAGCCCUGGCGGUGCUGCCGAGCCUGAGGUGGAGGUUUGGCGGGAGCAGCAGGACCUGGUAGACCGGUUCAGCUACUGCGGCCUGUUGCCGUGUGAUCCGUCAGCUCUCCCGCCGAACCUAGAAGCAGGCUCGGCAGGGCCUGCACCGCCUGCCGUCUCCUCCCUGUCUGCUGCUCUGGCCGCUGCUGCUGCUGUGCUCAUGCCGCGUGGGGCAGCAGGAGCAGGCGGUGCAGCAGGGGCAGCAACAGAAGCAGGGGGGGAGGGGAACGUGAAAGAGGAGGCGACUUCUAGACGGGUGAAGGAGGAAGCAGAGGGUGGGGAGAGGCCUGGGGCGGCUGUUGGUGCUGAUGGCAACACUGCUGGUGCUGGUGGGGCGAAGGAGGGUGGGGAGAAGGGUGGGGUGGAGAAGGGAGAACAGCAGAGGGAGGGGGCAUCAGGGGCAGCGGGUGUCAAGACGCAUCAGUUUGUGGCGAGUGCUGCUGUGGAGUGGAAACCUGGCCCCUAUCCCGAUGUGGAUUUCAUCAUGUCACUGGUCAUUCAAGCAGAGCUCCCACCUGAGGCGCUAGCAGCCAAAUCAGGUGGUCUGCAUCGCAAUGCACCGCCUGGAAUGGCACCUGGGGCACCUGGGCCAGGUGGCGGGACAGGUGGCGCCAUGCCAUUGGCCGGUAGCAAGCGCAAGGAGCAGGAAGAGGAGGAGAUGGCGAAUGCGGAGGCCAGGGCACGCAAGCCCCCGCCGGUGCGAGAUAUUUUCCGCCUGAGGCAGCUGCAAAGGGCUCGGGCAGGUUCAUCUGGGACAGGCUCGUUGAGCGGAGGGGCAGGUGGGACUGGGGGUGGUACUGCUAGUGGCAGUGAUAGGUUUUCUGGAGGAUCCAUGUAG